ACAGGAUUGGUCCGUAAGUAGGUUAGUGGCGCGCUGGUUAUUCAAGGCGAACGAGGAAAAAGUAGGUCAGUGUAAAUAUGUACCGUCCUCCGCCGUCCAUGUUACAGUGACUACAUAUGUGCCUUCUCUGCCUUCUUCAUUUUACAGCCAAAGAUUUCUUGAAAUGGUCUAAGUAGGACAGUCCUUAUGAAUCUUUGUGAUGAUCUCAUGGCAGACCAGAGAAUGGACAUCUCCUCUACAAUGAAUGAGUUCAUGUCUCCCAGCUCCACUGAGCUCAUCACUAGUUCCAUCAGCAUGUCCUCUAUGGACUACACCCGCAAGAGGAAAGGCAGCUCCACUGACUACCAGGACAGUAUGGAAAUGGACAAGGACAAGCAAAUUGGAAGGGAUUGUAUUGAUCAACAUGGGCGGAUAAAGAAUGCCAGGGAGGCUCACAGUCAGAUCGAGAAACGACGAAGGGACAAAAUGAACAGCUUUAUUGACGAGCUGGCUUCAUUAGUGCCUACCUGCAACGCCAUGUCACGCAAACUGGACAAACUGACUGUAUUGCGCAUGGCUGUCCAGCACAUGAAAACGUUACGAGGUGCUGCAAACCCUUACACUGAAGCUAACUAUAAACCAGCAUUUCUGUCAGAUGAUGAACUGAAACACUUGAUACUGAGGGCUGCUGAUGGUUUCCUCUUCGUGGUCGGCUGCGAUCGGGGAAAAAUUCUUUUUGUUUCCGAGUCUGUGUACAAAAUCCUGAAUUACAGCCAAAAUGACCUGAUUGGCCAGAGCUUGUUUGAUUAUUUGCAUCCUAAGGACAUUGCCAAAGUCAAGGAGCAGCUGUCCUCAUCUGACUCUGUGCCAAGGGAGCGACUCAUAGAUGCCAAAACUGGGCUACCAGUAAAAACGGACAUCACACCAGGGCCUUCCAGGCUAUGCUCAGGGGCCCGCCGCUCCUUCUUUUGCAGAAUGAAAAGUAACAGACCUCUCAUCAAAAUGGAGGACAAGGACUUCACCUCUACAUGCUCUAAAAAGAAAGCCGACCGCAAAAGCUUCUGCACCAUCCACAGCACUGGCUAUCUGAAGAGCUGGCCACCCAUGCAGAAGGGUUUGGAUGAGGACAAUGAACCUGAUAACGAAGGUUGCAAUCUGAGCUGCCUGGUGGCCAUCGGCCGUCUCCACCCCCACAUCAUCCCUCAGCCAAUGAACGGAGACAUCCGUGUCAAACCAACCGAGUAUGUCUCGCGCCAUGCCAUUGACGGCAAGUUCGUUUUUGUUGACCAGAGGGCCACUGCCAUUCUCGCCUAUCUGCCCCAGGAGCUGCUGGGGACAUCUUUUUAUGAGUAUUUUCAUCAGGAUGACAUUGGACACCUCGCUGAAUGUCACAGACAAGUGCUGCAGAUGCGAGAUAAAAUCAACACUAACUGUUACAAGUUUAAGGUUAAAGAUGGCUCCUUCAUCACGCUGAGAAGUCGUUGGUUCAGUUUCAUGAACCCUUGGACCAAGGAGGUCGAGUACAUAGUCGCAACAAACACAAUCGUCUCGGCUGCCACACGCGAUGGAGCUGAUCCCAGCUAUCUUCAGCUCACUGCCUCCCCCCAGAGCAUGGACAGUGUCCUCACAGCUGAUGGUUCUGGAAAACGGGCUCUGCAGACAGUGCCUGGCAUUCCUGGAGGCACAAGAGCUGGAGCGGGCAAGAUCGGCCGUAUGAUCGCAGACGAGGUUAUGGAAAUCCAGAGGAUAAGAGGCUCGUCGCCCUCUAGCUGUGGCUCGAGCCCACUGAAUAUUAACAGCACACCUCCUCCAGAUACUUCAUCUCCUGGGGGCAAGAAGAUUCAGAAUGGUGGAACUCCAGACAUUCCUUCAGUGGGGAUGGUAUCAGGCCAGGAUUCCAUAGGAUACCCUUACUCUAACAACUCACUUUUAAGUGAUAAUUCUCACAUCAGCAUCGGGGACAUCAUGGACGAUCCUGGCUCCAGCAGCCCUAGUAACGAUGAGGCGGCCAUGGCCGUCAUCAUGAGUCUUCUGGAGGCUGACGCAGGACUUGGAGGGCCUGUGGAUUUUAGUGAUCUGCCAUGGCCUCUGUGAGAGUAGAGUAUCACUUUCAGGGGAGGUAUUAGAACAAGAAAGAGGGAGCACCGCUCUGCUUUAUCAAUCUGUCCAUCAUCAGGCCUAUGUUUUUCCAUAAAGCCUCACACACAAAUGAAAUUGAAAGUGUUAAUAUUGUACAAUUACAUGGAUAUUCUAACACACAUUUAAGAUACACUUCCCAGCAACACUAGUCAACUUUCAGGAAUUUUAUGCGCCUAGAAAGUGGAACCCUGGAAUUCUCCACUUUUGUCAACAUUGCACAGGCUUUGUUGUAUUUUUUGGCACCAUUAUAUGCAGAAAUCUCUUAUCCACCACAAUAAAAGGAACAUCUCCACAUUUGCCAAUUAUGUUUUAGCAGCAUAAAGUAAAAAGUGAUGCAGAUCGAGAGCUUCAGUUUAUACUCACCUCAAAUAUUACAACAGGGUAAAAAAAAAAAACGUGAUUCCAAAGCCUUUGACAAUGACAUGGUUCUUGGUCCCAGAUAAGCUGUUCAGUUUAGAAAAGAAAAAAAUAAACGAGAAUUGCCAGACUGGCUCAAGGUGACAGGAAGGUCACAGUAACUGAAAUGACCACUCUUUACAGUCAAGAUGAGCAGAAAAACAUAUUGGAACAUAUUCAAUGAAUUUUUUUUUUUUAAUAGUGCUUUUAAAAAUGAACAUUCUCAAAGCAGCAAUGAACCUUAAUGGCACUGGAGUACAGCAGCAAACGACCACAUUGGGUUCUGUUCCAAUCAGCCAAAUACAGGAAUUUGGGCUUGAAAAACUGAAGCUGUCCAUUUUCUGCAAAUCUGUGAAUACUGUAGCCUCACAUACCUGUUCCUGGUUGAUUAUCUGGUAUCUUCAUAAUUUUAUGCAUUGUGUUACUGUUACAUGAUUGGUUAAAUGGAUGAUUGCAUAUAAAAAGUGUUCCUAUAAAAGUGGCCUGUGGGUGUAUGAGGUUUUUCAGAAAUUGUAUGUAUGUGUAUUGUUUGAGCUGUGAUAUAUUUUUUAAAUAAAAAAGUGUUAGAUGAUUCAGAAA